AUGUACUAUUCGGUCGCUGGAGGUCUCGCCCUCCUGUCAACGCUCGUGCCGACGGGCCUGGCCGCGACGAUCCCUCAGCUGGCCGUGCCUGGCAACAAUGCUGCCAGCGAGUCGAUUGCCACCGUCACCUCGUCCUACGCGACCACCGUGACCAAUGUUCUCACCACCACCACGGCCUUCGUGACGAGCACUCAGGCAUGCACGGUCGGCACGGUCUCCCUCGCGAACAACGCCGGAUGCUCGAACUAUGCCUGGUCCAGUGCCGGGGUGUACCGGCGUGAGAUGUGCGACGGGGUCUCCAUCUCUGGCGCCGUCACCCGCGCCGUCAUGAACGUGUACUCCAGGCAAGCCAAUAUCAACGGCUGUGAACUGUACUGCAGCAUCUUCAAUGGGAUGUGCAAUGCGGUCAACUAUGCCCCGGCCCAGAGCUCCUGUCAAUACCUGUGGGCUUACAAUGAUGCGACGGUUUCGGUCUCGGGCUACCAGGCCCUCAGCACCUACACCACCAACCCCUGCUACGACACCAUCACCACCACCGAGACCGGAUAUUCGACCCAAGUCCUGACCAGCGAGGCCACCACGACCUACCUGGUCACCGUCACCAUCAGCUCGACCCCCUCGGCCACGCCCACUUCGACUUCAUCCCCGGUGGUCGUGUCCAGCUCGAGCGCUGCCGUCUUCACCCCUGCCGCCAGCUCCACCGUUGCGCCGUCUUCGGGCUCUGCCUCCCCCUCGUCCUUUGUCACUGCUGUUGCGCCUAGCUCGAGUGCCAUCGUGGCUUCGCGAUCCAGCUCUGCGGCUGUUCCCCCUUCCGCCAGUUCGAUCGGGGUGUCUCCUUCGCUCUCGGCCUCUUCCUCGUCUCUCGUCAGCGUCCGGGUGCCGAGUUCGAGUGCUGCCGUGGCCUCCAGCCCCAGUUCUGCAGCCAUCUCUCGUUCCGCCAGCUCUGCUGUUGUCUCUCCUUCGCCGUCUGCCUCUUCCUCGCCCGCUGUCAGUCUUCGCGUGCCGAGCUCGAGUGCUGUGGUGGCCGCCAGCCCCAGCUCUGCAGUGAUUUCCCCUCUUCGCAGUUCUGCCAUUGCCUCGUCGUCGAUCCCUUCUUCUUCUUCUUCUUCUUCUUCUUCUUCUUCCUCUUUUUCUCCUUCUCGCACCCCCUCCACAUCCAGCUCGGCUGCUUUCGUCGGUUCUAGCGCCAGGGUCAACACGCCCUCCGCGUCUUCCUCUUCCGUGGCCACUUCCUCGAGGCCUCUGAUCCACUCGACCGCCACUGCUGCCGUGAACAGUGUGUCCACUGCUUCAUCGCAACCUGCACAGCUGCCUGGCUCCAUCCCGGCCUCUUCCCCCAUCUCAAGACCUCCUCACUCUUCCGCUAUUCUGCCAGGUGCACCAAGCUCGUCUAGUGCCAUUGCCACUCGACCCAGCGGCCCCUCUGCAGUGGUUGGGGGACACUCGAUCUCCUCCGUGGCGGGUGCUGCGGCCACCACCAUCGUGUCAAUCGGAUCGACCACCUCCACCGUCUUGACCACGCGUACGGCAACCAUCACUGCCUGCCCCUCGAGUGUCACCGACUGUCCCGCCAGUGCGAAGACCACAUUCCUGACCACCGAGACCGUCGUCGUCUCCACCACCGUGUGUCCCCUGACGGAAACCCUGACUCUUCCCCAGCCCACCGGACCCAACUCCAUCGAGACCUCUGGGCCCGAGUUCACCACCUCGACCGUCCUGACGACUCGCACGGCCACCAUCACUGCCUGUCCGUCCAGCGUCACCGACUGCCCUGCCAGCGAGAAGACCACCUUCACCACCACCGAGACCCUGGUUGUCUCCACCACCGUCUGCCCCGUCACGGAAACUGCUGGCCUUUCCCAGCCGACCAGAACACACCCUGCUGAGACGUCUGCGCCGGAAGUCAUUACUGAGACCGUCCUCACCACUCGCACGGCCACCAUCACUGCCUGUCCCUCCAGUAUCACCAACUGUCCGGCCGAUCAGAAGACUACUCACCUCACCACCGAGACCGUUGUCCUGUCGACGACCGUCUACACAGUCACGGAAACCGCCGGUCAUUCUCAACCGACCAGAACCCCCCCUGCUGAGACCUCUGUUCCGGAAGUCACCACCGAGACCAUUCUCACCACUCGCACCGCGACCAUCACUGCCUGUCCCUCCAGUAUCACCAACUGUCCGGCCGAUCAGAAGACUACGCACCUGACCACCGAGACUGUCGUCCUCUCCACGACCGUCUACACAGUGACCGAAGCCGCCCAUCCCACCGCGACCAAGUCGGUCGAUGCCUCCGGUGAGGAAUACACCACCUCCACCGUCUUCAGCACGCGCACUGCAACCAUCACCGCCUGUCCCAGCAGCGUCACCGACUGCCCGGCCACGCAGAAGAGCACCUAUGUCACCACGGAGACCAUCGUUGUCUCCGUCACUGCCGUGCCCGUGACUGCGGUCGCUGCCGCCACUCAAACCGGCCACCCUCUGUCGGCGCCUGCGGCCCUUCCUACCGGUGCCGGAGCCCAGGGAGGCUAUGAGGAUGAUGUUGAGAUCAUUUACGAGACUACUACGGUCUGGAUCGAGGCCUGUACGUGAAUGAUGUCAGCUCGGGGGGUCGAUUGCUGUUGAGAUCAUGAGUAGCGCGGCAUCACUUCCAGCCACCUUGAAUGUUAUGACUUUCAUUUCCGU